AUGUCUGUUUCUAAUUUUAAGACUUUAGGUCUUUCCAAAUGGCUGGUUGAAUCCUUAACUGCAAUGAAAAUAACCCAACCGACAGAGAUUCAAAAACAUUGUAUACCGAAAAUUUUAGAAGGAAGAGACUGUAUAGGUGGUGCUAAGACUGGUUCUGGUAAGACUCUUUCUUUUGCAGGCCCUAUGCUGACCAAAUGGUCCGAGGAUCCUAGUGGUAUGUUUGGUGUUGUACUGACUCCAACUAGAGAACUAGCUAUGCAAAUUGCAGAGCAAUUCACAGCAUUAGGAAGUCAAAUGAAUAUUCGUGUAGCAUUAGUUGUAGGUGGGGAAAGUAUUGUUCAACAAGCUAUUGAAUUACAAAAGAAGCCUCACUUUAUAAUUGCUACACCCGGUAGAUUGGCUCAUCAUAUUAUGAAUAGUGGUGAUGAUACAGUGGGAGGCUUGAAACGUGUAAAAUAUUUAGUUUUAGAUGAAGCUGAUUUUUUACUUACAGAUACCUUUGCUAGUGAUUUAGGUACCUGUAUCGGUGCAUUACCUCCAAAGAAUAAAAGACAAACUUUAUUAUUCACUGCAACAAUGACAGAUCAAGUUAAGGCUCUUCAGGAUGCCCCAAACAUUGAAGGUAAACCAUCCCUUUAUUCAUAUCAAGUUGAAAGUAUUGACCAAGUUGCCAUUCCAUCCACAUUACAAACGGAAUAUCUGUUGGUUCCUGAACACGUUAAGGAAGCAUAUUUGUAUCAACUAUUGACAUGUCAAGAAUAUAUUGAAUCGAGUGCUAUAAUAUUUGUCAAUAGAACUACGGCAGCUGAAGUUCUACGUAGGACAUUAUUUCGUCUGGGUUUAAGAGUAGCAUCUUUACAUUCACAAAUGCCACAACAAGAAAGAACCAAUUCUUUACAAAGAUUUCGUGCCAAUGCUGCAAGGAUCCUAAUUGCAACAGAUGUUGCUUCAAGAGGUUUAGAUAUUCCUAUUGUCGAAUUGGUUAUUAACUAUGAUAUACCAUCCGAUCCAGAUACGUAUAUUCAUCGUUCUGGUCGUACCGCUCGUGCUGGGAGAAGUGGUGAUGCUAUCAGUUUUGUCACUGAAAGAGAUAUUUCUAGAAUCGAAGCCAUCGAGGCCCGUAUUAACAAAAAAAUGACUGAAUGUGAUAAAGUGCACGACACAGCAGUCAUUAGAAAAGCAUUAACAAAGGUAACUAAGGCAAAGAGAGAAUCAUUAAUGGAGAUGGAAAAGAUAAAUUUCGGGGAAAGAAGAAAACAAAGAAAGAACCAAAACUUAAGUAAAAAGAGUUCAAGGGCAUAA